AUAAAUGUACAUUAUCAUCUACUCUGAAAAGUAUAUAAGUCGACGCCAUACUUUGCUACCAUGGUGGCCUAGAUUAGACUUGAUAUGCCCUUUUCUUUUCUCUAAAUCGUUUUCUAAAAAAAAAAAAAUUAAGGAAUGGCCCAAUCAAAAGUUUUUACCCUAUGUGCCUUAAUCGUGUUAGUUGGCCUUUUAUUGCUGGUGGAGUCUAAGUCUGCACAGAGAGCACGUUUGAUUCAGUCAAGACUGGUGGUCAAGAAAACCUUAGCUCCCAGCAGAAGUUCGCCAAGACCCACGUAUCAAGGCCAUGCACUGAGACUUGUGACUAGCGCUACCAGAAGAGCGAAACAUUUCAAAGCAUUGGUGAAUACGGUAACAACAUCGAGAACGACGCCAGUGAUCACAACUUCCAGAGCAACAACCAAAGUAACAACCAAGACAACAACUCGACAUGUAACAACACAGAAAACUGUAACAACACCCAAGACGACGCCCAGGACUACCACAAGACCAACUGUACCAACGAUCACCUCUAAAUCAACUUCUGUAAAAAUAAGCACCACUUUCAAAACUACUCCCACAUCAGCUCCCCGCACUACGUCUAAAUCAACUGGCCCCACUCAAAGGACGACGCCACGCACAGGUACCACACCAAAGUCAGCCCCCAGCACCACGUCUAAAUCAACUGGCCCCACUCAAAGGACGACGCCAGGCACAGGGACCACAUUAAAGUCCACUCCCCGCACCACUCCAAGAACGUCUUGGACAUCUAAGUCCACAAAAGGACCACAGUCUACCACUUACAGAUCGACGCCCCGUGGAUCCUCCACACCAGUAAAGAGCUCGACACCAUCACACAGCAACCGUUUCCAGGAAGCUCUUCUCCAAUGCAGCCCCCAUUGUAAAGAGGGGAUCACUAUCUGCAGCCAGUUGACACAGACAACCAACUCCAUGUUCACACACCAACAGUACUGCCCAUUUAUGAACUAUCAAAUGUCAAGUCAAUCCAUCUAUAAAUGCUUACUAGACGUCAACUACUGCUCUGUCGCUGAAUAUCACAAAUUGAAGACAGCUGCCUGCAAUAACUCAAACAUAAAGAAUCCGUUCACAUUUCUGAUAGCGAUAUUUGUGAUGCUAGCUACUGCUUUGAAAGGAGUCUAAAAGUAUUAGUAUCAAUCUUUCUGUUUAAAACUAUUUACAAGUAUCAAUAAAGCGACAAAUUGGUAUUGUAAAGUAAAAUUUAUUUCUUAAAAAAUAUUAAUGUUCAUUUUACUGUUUAUUCUAUUGAGGCAAAUGCAAAAUACUCCAAAUGUUUAAUCGAGCUGAGGACAUUGUUACUUAGUAUUAGUCUAUUGUUGUGCAUUACUUUAAUAAAACAACUAUUUUUUUUAA